CCUCUAAUAAACAUAAACCUUGAGGAGGAGAAAAACCCUAAACCCCUGUUUCUUUCUCCUCUGAAACUUAGCAGUAAUGGGUACAAUUCCAGCAAAGAAGAAGAAGAAUGCUGGGAAUUCCAUUACCAAACAUAAAAAAGAAGAAGCUCCAAUUGUGAAUAACAAGAACAUUAAUGAUAGUUUUUUAUCCGGAGAUGAUGAUUCAGAAGAUGUUGAUGAAUUUGUUAUAUCUGGUGAAAGUUCUUCUGAUAAUUCAGAUGAUGAUAACCCACUUCAGGAUGAUUUCCUCGCGGGAAGUGGAACUGAUAAUGACGAUGAUGAUGAAGAACAAGGGAAUAAGGAGUCUGAUUCCGAUGAUUCCGAUGUAUCAGACAUAGAGAGGGAAUCGAAAGCCAUCGACGAUGAAAGAGCUAGGCAGGAGAAGGAAGCAGAGAAGGAAUUACAGAUAAAUAUACAGGAAGAAUCAGAUGAGUUUAGACUGCCAACCCAGGAGGAGCUUGAAAUAGAGGCUGUUGGACCUCCUGAUCUUUCUGGUCUUCAAAGGAGGAUAAAAGAAAUUGUUCGGGUCCUAUCAAAAUUUCGUUCUCUGAAACAAGAAGGGACAGAUAGGAAAGAUUAUACUGACCAACUUCAAAAAGACUUCUCUUCAUACUAUGGCUACAACGAGUUCCUGAUUGGGAUGUUGAUGGAGAUGUUCCAAGUUGUUGAGUUAUAUGAGCUUAUUGAAGCUUUUGAAAAGACACGUCCAAUGUUUAUAAGAACUAAUACCUUGAAGACACGCAGACGGGACCUUGCUGAUACUCUCUUGAACAGAGGAGUGAACUUGGAUCCUUUGAAGUGGUCAAAGGUUGGAUUACAAAUACAUGACUCUCAAGUGCCAAUCGGUGCCACUCCUGAAUAUAUGGCCGGUCACUAUAUGUUGCAAAGUGCAAGUUCUUUUCUGCCAGUGAUGGCAUUAGCUCCUAAAGAAAAAGAGAGCAUUGUUGAUAUGGCGGCGGCUCCUGGUGGGAAAACCACAUAUAUCGCUUCUCAUAUGAAGAACACUGGGUUAUUGUUUGCAAACGAGAUGAAAAAGCAGAGGCUUCAUUCUUUAUCAGCAAAUAUUAGCCGCAUGGGGGUGACUAACACAGUAGUUAUAAACUAUGAUGGAAGAGAGCUUCCGAAGAUAUUGGGAGCCAAUUCACGCGAUAGAGUACUAUUAGAUGCACCUUGCAGUGGAACAGGGGUGAUAUCCAAGGACGGAUCUGUAAAAUCCUCUAAAAGCUUUGAAGAUAUACAGAAGUGUGCACACUUGCAACAACAACUCCUCCUAGCUGCUAUUGAUUUGGUGGAUGCAAAUUCAAAAACCGGAGGAUAUGUUGUGUAUUCAACAUGCUCCAUCAUGGUUAUGGAGAAUGAAGCAGUUGUUGACUAUGCCUUGAAGAAACGGAACGUAAAACUAGUCUCGUGUGGACUAGACUUUGGAGAGAAAGGGUUCGUUAACUUUAGGCAAUAUCAAUUUCAUCCAUCAUUAACCAUGACGAGGCGUUACUACCCCCAUAUGCACAAUCUGGAUGGUUUUUUUGUGGCUAAGUUGAAAAAAGUAAGCAACACAAAUCCCACUCCAAAAUCUGAUGUUCCAUCAGAAAUAGUAGGGAAGGAUGUCGAUGUCAGUGAUGAAGAGGAUGCUGAUGAACUGAAAUCUAAGAAGCGGCAGAGGGAAGAAGAUGAUAAGCAACAAGAGAACGGGGAUUUGAGUGAUACUAAGAAGAAAGGGACCCGAAAGACAGCUAUUAAGGAGAACGGCAAAGAAGAAUCACCUCCGAAAAAGAGGAAGAAACGAGUCUUUCCAUCUCGUGAAGAAGUUUCAAAAGCAAGGGAAGAAAAAAGAAACAUGCUCAGGGAAGAAAAGAGAAAUAAGCUCAAUGAAGAAAAACGAAAUAUGGUCAAGGAAGGAAAAAAAGAAGGGUUGCGGAAAAAGAAGGUAGAUGGCAAGAAGAAAGGCGGUAAAUGAUCCUUGAGCAGACUUCCUGAAACCUUGCUGUCAAGAACAUUUUUUGUUUAGGAGUAGUUUAUAUGUUUUACCCUUGAGAGGUUAAUUUUUAGGAUCAGAUCAUAUGUUACAGGAAUAUGUUUAUGGAUUAUAGUGUAAUGUAUUACUCUGAAAUUUCAGACGCGUAUUUUGUCAAACGAGAAUUUGUUCAUUACAUUUUGCCUAUUUCAAGCAGAUGAUUUUUGUUGCCUAA